AGAAAAUAAACAGAAAUAGUAAAUAUGAAAGUGAGAUAGGUGAGUGUUUGAGGCCAAACUAAAUAAUAAUUUAAUAGCACGUUAUUGGAAUUGCCAAACCGCUUCACAUUUUUUGGGAGCGAAUACCAGGUGUUCUGUAGUGUUGUACUUCACCAAACAGGCCGUAGCAUAAACAAGCAGCAGAGAUGACUGAGAAUUUCGACCGAGCCCCAGGCGCAGGUAGAGCCCGUAUAAAGCCAACAAGUCCCGGCCUCGCAGAUGUUGGAGAACGGGACGCAAACUCUGUUUUCAACCAGCGUGAGCCUCUACGACAGCCUCGGACGUCUCCACCUUUGACUGAGAACAACACAAACACUAGUGAGGCUAUCGGCGGAGGUAAGAUGUGCUGUCAGUUCAAAUAUGCUUUUACUGUAUAGUCAUUUUCUUUAGCUAGCUAUGUCACAGUCAAGAAGGGAAACCUUAUAAGUUAUUGGGUGACUGUGUUAGUUAACAGCAUCUUUGACUACAUUUUAACAGGUAUUUAGCUAGACCUGUGUGAAGCUAGCCACAAUAACGAUUAGCCACAAUAGUUGAAUUUAGGGUUCGCCUUCAAAAUUAAAGUCCCACAUUGAAAGUGAUUCAAACGGAUAGAAAUAGUGGAAUCAUGCCAUAUUUGGACUAGAUAAUACUAAACAAUAUUGCAAUGUUGUAUAAGUUAAACAAAAGACAAAUAGUUCAUUUGAUACAAAAAAGUUAAAAUCAGUUGAUGUAUUAUACUUUAGAUUUGCAUAGAGGGCAUACUUACAGUACCAGUCAAGUUUGGACAAACCUACUCAUUCAAGGAAUUUUCUUUAUUUUUACAUUGUAGAAUAAUAGUGAAGACAUCAAAACUAUUAAAUAACACAUGGAAUCAUGUAGUAACCAAAAACGUGUUAAACAAAUCAAAAUAUAUUUUAUAUUUGAGGUUCUUCAAAUAGCCACCGUUUGCCUUGAUGACAGCUUUGCACACUCUUGGCAUUCUCUCAACCAGCUUCAUGAGGUAGUCACCUGGAAUGCAUUUCAAUGAACAGGUGUGCCUUCUUAAACGUUAAUUUGUGGAAUUUCUUUCCUUCUUAAUGCGUUUGAGCCAAUCAGUUGUGUUGUGACAAGGUAGGGGGGUAUAUAGAAAAUAGCCCUAUUUGGUAAAAGACCAAGUCCAUAUUAUUGCAAGAACAGCUCAAAUAAGCAAAGAGAAACGACAGUCCAUCAUUACUUUAAGACAUGAAGGUCAGUCAAUACGGAACGUUUCAAGAACUUUGAAAGUUUCUUCAAGUGCAGUCGCAAAAACCAUCAAGCGCUAUGAUGAAACUGGUUCCCAUGAGGGCCGCCACAGGAAUGGAAGACCCAGAGUUACCUCUGCUGCAGAGGACAAGUUCAUUAGAGUUACCAGCCUCAGAAAUUGCAGCCCAAAUAAAUGCUUCACAGAGUUCAAGUCACAGACACAUCUCAACAUCACUGUUCAGAGGGGACUGUGUGAAUCAGGCCUUCAUGGUCGAAUUGCUGCAAAGAAACCACUACUAAAGGACACAAAUAAGAAGAAGAGACCUGCUUGGGCCAAGAAACACGAGCAAUGGACAUUAGACCGGUAGAAAUGUGUCCUUUGGUCUGGAAUCCAAAUUGGAGAUUUUUGGUUCCAAUCGCUGUGUCUUUGUGAGACCGAGCCCCAGGCGCAGGUAGAACGGAUGAUCCCCAGGCGUAGUGGGUGAACGGAUGAUCUCCGCAUGUGUAUUUCCCACCGUAAAGCAUGGAGGAAGAGGUGUUAUGGUGUGGGGGUGCUUUGCUGGUGACACUGUGAUGUAUUUAGAAUUCAAGGCACACUUAACAGCAGCGAUAUGCCAUCCCAUCUGGUUUGGGCUUAGUGGGACUAUAAUUUGUUUUUCAACAGGACAAUGACCCAACACACCUCCAUCUGACAACGCUCUGAGUUUAGCAGCAACAAACUCAAACCAAUCCAGGGCCAUAGCAAAACAUGUCACAGUUGGUUCCGGACUGUAAUGGCGUCACCGGCCUGAAUUUAAUCAAAUCUGGAGCCAGGCAGUCAUUCUACAGUGCCUUCAGAGUAUUCACACCCCUUGACUUUUUCCACAUUUUGUUGUGUUACAAAGUGGGAUUUAACUGUCAUUUUAUUUGGUCAACGGUCUAUAUAAAAUACUCUGUCAAAGUGGAAGAAAAAUGCAAUUAAAAAAAAUACAAUAUUAAUGGAAAAGAAAACACUGUUUUGAUUAGAUAAGUAUUCAACCCCCUGAGUCAAUACAUGUUAGAAUGACCUUUGGCAGCGAUUUCUGGGUAAGUCUCGAAGAGCUUUGCAAACCUGGAUUGUACAAUAUUUGCCCAUUUAUUCUUCAAGCUCUGUCAAGUUGGUUGUUGAUAAUUGCUAGACAGCCAUUUAAGUCUUGCCAUAGAUUUUCAAGUCGAUUUAAGUCAAAACUGUAACUAGGCCAUUCACAAACAUUUAAUGUCGUCUUGGUAAGUAACUCCAGUGUAUAUUUGGCCUUGCGUUUUAGGUUAAUGUCCUGCUGAAAGGUGGAUUUGUCUCCUAGUGUAUGUUGGAAAGCGGACUGAACCAGGUUUUCCUCUAGGACUAUGCCUUUGAUUAGCUCUACCUUUUCUUCUUAUCCUAAAAAACUCCCUAGUCCUUGCCGAUGACAAGCUUACCCAUAACAUGAUUCAGCCACCACCUUGGCCUUAACAUAAUGCUUUGUAUUCAGGGCCGGUCCUUGCACCACCCCCCUGCACCACAGUUAAAGUUCCUAAUAUGAGCUACACCGCUAAUAUGUGUAAACCACAGGAGGUUGGUGACACCUUAAGGAUCGGACCCUUUUUUUCAAUUUUCGCCUAAAAUGACAUACCCAAAUCGAACUGCCUGUAGCUCAGAACCUGAAGCAAGGAUAUGCAUAUUCUUGAUAUAAUUUGAAAGGAAACACUUUGAAGUUUGUGGAAAUGUGAAAUUAUGUAGGAGAAUAUAACACAUUAGAUCUGGUAAAAGAUAAUACAAAUGCAAAAACAUGCGUUUUCCAUUAUCAUCUUUGAAACGCAAGAGAAAGGCCAGACAGUGAUGUAGGAUUCUAGAUGUAAUUUAGAUGUUGUUCACUAGAUGGCAGCAGUGUGUGUGCAAAGUUUGACUGAUCCAGUGAAGAAUUACAUCACUACACAAUAUUUUGUAUCAAGUCUGCCAGGAGUUUUCCCAAAUGUGCCGAAUUGGGGAAAGUAGAGAACAUACAAAAAUGCUAUGGUAAUACAAAAUUUAAGUUUGCACACUCCCAGGAAUGUCAUACAUGAUGGAUCAUUAGCUUCCCUACUGAAAAGACACUAACCGUCACACAUCUAGAUGACCGGGCGGGGUGGGUGUGGAGCCAGAGGUCAAACUGUAGAACCCAGUUCCUACAUUUAAAUAUAAAAAUUGCUUUUUCAAACAUAUCUACACUACAUUUUAUCUCUGGGACCUUCAGGAUGACAAAUCAGAGCAAGAUUACUGAAUGUAAGUACAUUAUUUACCUUCAGAGGUGAAUGUACCAAACCAGUUGCCGUGAUAAAAGUGUUUUGUUGUGGACUAUCCUCAAACAAUAGCAUGGUAUUUUUUAGCUGUAAUAGCGACUGUAAAUUGGACACUGCAGUUAGAUUAACAAGAAUGUAAGCUUUCUGCCCAUAUAAGACAUGUCGAUGUCCUGGAAAGUUGUCUGUUGUUUACAACACCAUUCUAGUCACAUAUCGCAUAUUGAGCAGCAACCGUCCCGUAUAAGGGACACCGAUCCCGUAGAGGUUAAAUGGGGAGGAUGGGCUCGUGGGAAUGGCUGGAGUGGAAUUGUAACAAAUAUCAAUCACAUGGUUUCUAUGUGUUUAAUGCCAUUCCAUUCGCGCCGUUCCAGACAUUAUUGUGAGCCGUCCCCUCCUCAGCAGCCUCCUGUUGUGUAAACUCUUCAGAAUUGUAAUCUGUGCGUUUCACCGAGUAGGCUGACACCUAUGGAUCUUGGGACCAUGAAAUGGGGUAAGGCUGUACCACAGAACAAUGAGCCAGAUUUUUCACUGGAUGUAUAAAUCUGAAGCAUCCGGUUGGCAUUUCCACUCACCACCAAAUAUGGUGAUGAGAGAUAGCCCAGUGGCUAGCAGUGGGAGAAGAUGGAGCGAGAUGGAUUUUGGCCGACAUUCUGUAUUUGAUCUCAAUACAGUUUUCUGUUCCCAAAACUAGAAUCUGUUAUGAACAAGGGUAGGUAACAACACAUCUGCCACACUGAUCCUCAACACGGGGGCCCCUCAGGGGUGCGUGCUCAGUCCCCUCCUGUACUCUCUGUUCACCCAUGACUGCAUGGCCAGGCACGAUUCCAACACCAUCAUUAAGUUUGCCGACGACACAACAGUGGUAGGCCUGAUCACCGACAACGAUGAGACAGCCUAUAGGGAGGAGGUCAGAGAUCUGGCCGUGUGGUGCCAGGACAACAACCUCUCCCUCAACGUGACCAAGACAAAGGAGAUGAUUGUGGACUACAGGAAAAAAAAGAGGACUGAGCACGCCCCCAUUCUCAUCGACGGGGCUGUAGUGGAACAGGUUGAGAGCUUCAAGUUCCUUGGUGUCCACAUCACCAACGAACUAUCAUGGUCCAAACACACCAAGACAGUCGUGAAGAGGGCACGACAAAGCCUAUUCCCCCUCAGGAGACUAAAAAGAUUUGGCAUGGGUCCUCAGAUCCUCAAAAAAUUCUACAGCUGCACCAUCGAGAGCAUCCUGACUGGUUGCAUCACCGCCUGGUAUGGCAACUGCUUGGCCUCUGACCGCAAGGCACUACAGAGGGUAGUGCGUACGGCCCAGUACAUCACUGGGGCAAAGCUCCCUGCCAUCCAGGACCUCUAUACCAGGCGGUGUCAGAGGAAGGCCCUCAAAAUUGUCAAAGACUCCAGCCACCCUAGUCAUAGACUGUUCUCUCUGCUACCGCACGGCAAGCGGUACCGGAGUGCCAAGUCUAGGUCCAAAAGACUUCUCAACAGCUUCUACCCCCAAGCCAUAAGACUCCUGAACAGCUAAUCAUGGCUACCCGGACUAUUUGCACUGCCCCCCCACCCCAUCCUUUUUACGCUGCUGCUACUCUGUUAAGUAUUUAUGCAUAGUCACUUUAACUCUACCCACAUGUACAUAUUACCUCAACUACCUCAACUAGCCGGUGCCCCCGCACAUUGACUAUGCAACGGUACCCCCCUGUAUAUAUAGCCUCCCUACUGUCACUUUAUUUUACUGUAUAUAUAGCCUCCCUACUGUCACUUUAUGUCACUUUAUUUUACUUCUGCUCUUUUUUUCUCAACACUUUUUUGUUGUUGUUUUAUUCUUACUUCUUUUGUUUAAAAUAAAUGCACUGUUGGUUAAGGGCUGUAAGUAAGCAUUUCACUGUAAUGUCUGCACCUGUUGUAUUCGGCGCAUGUGACCAAUAAAAUUUGAUUUGAUUUGAUUUGAACAGAGAGGACAAAGUUUCGUAGACUUUACCCUUUGCCAAAGUUUCUAAAAAUUGCAUUGUUUAGGAAUGCAAGGGCGAAUUGAGUUAUUGCACACGCUCACUUCAGAGUAGGCGUUCACUAACGGAAAUAUGCAAAUACAUGCUAGAACGCGCCAAUAGGAUCUUGCUAGCUCGUGAUUGGCUCUGUCCACCUCCUUGCUUGUUCUGCCCACUAUGAUUAAUUUGCUCAAAUUGGGAACAACCGGCUGUGGUCUAUCUUGGGUUAAUUAUAAAAUAUUUGGCUGUACAGUGCAUAUACAGUGCCUUCUGAACAUAUUCACACCCCUUGCCUUUUUCCACAAUUUGUUGUGUUACCCUAUAAUGUCAAAGUGGAAUUAUGUUUUUUCAGAAUUUAACUCAGUUGCCGUAGAGAAAGGGCUCAGGGAUUUCACCAUGAGGCCAAUAAUGGUGACUUUAAAACAGUUAGAGUUUAAUGGCUGUGAUAGGAGAUAACUGAGGAUGGAUCUAUAACAUUGUAGUUACUCAACAAUUUUAACCUAAAUGACAGAGUGAAAAGAAAGCCUGUACAGAAUAAAACUAUUCCAAAACAUGCAUCCUGUUUGCAACAAGGCACUAAAGUAAAACUGCAAAAAAUGUGGCAAAGCAAUUAACUAGUGUUAUGUUUGGGGCAAAUCCAACACAGCACAUCACCGAGAAACUCUUCAUAUUUUCAAGCAGAGUGGUGGCUGCGUCAUAUUAUGGGUAUGAUUGUAAUCUGUAAGGACUGGAGAGUUUUUCAGGAUAUAACAGAAACGGAAUGGAGCUAAGCACAGGCAAAAUCCUACAGGAAAACCUGGUUAAAUCUGCUUUCCACCAGAUACUGGGAGAUUAAUUCACCUUCCAGCAGGACAAUAACCUAAAACCCAAAUCUACACUGGAGUUGCUUACCAAGAAGACCCUGACUGUUCCUGAGUGGCCAACUUACAGUUUUGACUUAAAUGUACUUGAAAAUAUAUGGCAAGACCUGAAAAUGGUUGUCCAUCAAUGAUCAACAACCAAUUUCACAGAGCUUGAAGACUUUAAAAGAAUAAAGGAGAAAUAUUGCACAAUUAAGCCGUGUUCACAUAGGCAGUUUGAAGUGAUUCAAAUCCAAUUUAUUUGCAUAUCCGAUUCGAAUCUGUUAUUUUUCCUGCAGUCUGAACAGCCAAAAAGCACAUGGAAGCUGAUAUUUCAAGCCAAAUUUCAAACCACCUUCGUAGGUGGUUUGAAGUCGGAUACAAAUCUGAUUCCUGGCCAUGUGACUCGCAAGUGUCUGAAAAAUGUAUGCACUCACUUAACUGUAAGUCGCUCUGGAUAAGAGCGUCUGCUAAAUGACUAAAAUGUAAAAUGUAAGUGGUUUUUAGACUUAUUUGGCAUUUUGUUGCUUGCUAGCUACUCUGUUGAUAGUUUGACUAGAACAUGUGGUAGCUAACUAGCUUGUUAAUUGUUUACAAACAAAUUAGUGAAUGUGCUAGAAAGCUAAACUGCUACGGCUAACCAAAAAAUACUUGAUUUGAAAGUUGGAUCAUCUUAUCCUUUGAGGCUUUAAAGGUGUUCUUACCCUAUGAUCUUGAACAUUCAAAGCAACUGGGAAACUUCUAUGGCAGGCAUUGUCACCUUAGCUUGCUACAUAACUUCUGGGUGAUAGGAAGCACAAGCAAAACCACCAAUCAGCCUACACCACUUCACACACAAACGUCAUUACUAUGACAACAAGCGUAACCUUGUCAGCAAAUGACUGCUGUCUGAACACACAUACAUCCGAUUUGGUCACUUGUAACUUGCUGUUUGGACAGUCAGUAGUCGAAAACGGAUUUGAAAAACAAACUGAUGAGCAUUAAGGCCUGCAGUGUGAACAAGGCUUUAGAUACUUACCCAGAAAGACUCAUAGCUGUAAUUGCUUCUACAAAGUAUCGACUCAAGGGUGUGAAUACUUAUGUAAAUUAGUUAUUUUUGUGUUUCAUUUAAUACAUUUGCUAACAUUUCUAAAAACAUAUUUUCAUUGUGUGUAAAUGGGUGAGAAUGUAUUUUUUUUAAUCCAUUUUGAAUUCAGGCUGUAACACAACAAAAUGUGGAAUACGUCAAGGGGUAUGAAUACUUUCUGAAGACACUGCCACUAAGUAUGCCCCCAAUUCAAGUCUAAUACAUCCACAGUGCGAUUCCCACUGUGUGUAGUUAACUAAUUAUGUUUUGUUAAAUUCUGACCAUGUUUAUUUAGCAUUAUCUAGUCCAAACAUAUCAUGAUUCCACUAUUUUAAUCACUUUCAAAAAGGAGAACUUGUAUUUUGAAGGCGAAACGGAAAUUCUACUAUUUUGGCUAAUACUUAUUGUGGCUAGCUUCACACAUGCUAGCAUGUAGCUAGCUAGCAUAGGCAACACACGGGUGAAUUUCCUGACAGUUGACCCCGAGCGUGAAUCUACACAACAUUCUAUCUCGCGGGCAUGGGUUGAGCGCGCCCUGUUUGCUUACGUCAGCUAGCCACAAGCUAUCAUUUUAGACGACUCAAGAAUGCUGCGCACACGUUUCAGACAAAUAUUAGUAGCUACACAAUUUAAAACGUCAAUUCAAUUACGUCUAUGAGUACAUUAUACUAGGAGCGAGAAAAACUUGAAUCCCUCCGUCACACCGACAAAAUUCGUCAUUCGUCGCACGAAUUACCCAUCGCUAUUUGCACCUGCUACUAAAUUGUUAGUCAAUUAUUUUUAGCCAUUGGUCAGUGAGUUAGCUGCUAAAUAAAGUGCAAGGCCAAAUCACGUCACAUGACUAUUUAGGUCCGUGCCAGACCUCUAUUGCUAGCAAUGGUCUUCAAUAUUUCCUUCAUUUGUCACCCCAGAAAGCAGAAGACCAAGCAAACCCCACCAGGUCAUUCACAACAACAGCACUCCUGCCUCCAAAGUGAAAAGUGUGGACUCUCUGGUGAACACCUCCAUUCUGUCAGCCAACGCACCUGAGUUCUUCCCUUCCAGCUUCUCCCCCAAUGAGGUAUUAAAGCAGUGUUCCCCCAACCUGGUCCUGGAAACCCACAGUGUGCAGGCUUUUCCCCCCAGUACUAAACACACCUGGUUCAACUAGGCAGGGUUAUCAAAACUCGGUCCAGGGGCCCUCCUGGGUGCACGUUUUGGUUUUUGCCCUUGCACUCGCUACACAGCUGAUUCGAAUAAUCAAAGCUUGAUGAGUUGAUUAUUUGAAUCAACUGUGUAGUGCUAGGGCAAAAACCAAAACGUGCACCCAGGAGAAGGGGGCCCUGGACUGAUUUUGGGAAACCCUGAACUAGGUUGACCAAGUAAUCAAGCCCCUUAUUAAAUUAAAUCAGGUGUGGUGGUGCUGGGUUGGAACAAAAGGCUUCAAGCCUUGUACAAAUUGAUAAUGAUAAUGGGUUACAUAGUACCUCAUCAACUGCACUUUACAUUAUAAGGACUGAACUAAUCAAUCACCUCAUCCACUACCAAUGUCUAACUGGUAUCCAUAUUUUUCACCAAUCCUUGAUUACCGGUAUUCUCAAUUUAAAGGAAUCUGUUUCGGAGGAUGGCAGCGAUGGCUAUUAUACUGAGGCGACAUUGGCUGAAUUGGUUGAGGAGUUUCUCAGCCACCUAAACUCCUCGCCGGGGUCCUUUGAGAACGACAUUGAGCACAUAGCAAACAUGCUGAACAGCUGGGUCACUACCGAGGAGACGCUGCAGGAAUUGGUGGAACUCAUCUACACACAAGUAUGUGUAACAACACAUGCACAGUUCGGCCAUCUACCUGCUUAUGAAUGUUAUAGCACUGUCUGUAUGUAGUUUACUGUAUUAUGUUUUACUGUCAUUUUUUUCUCAAUUUGUUCUGUUGUGUGAUGCCUGUUUGCAGUCUACUCUUAUCCCCAAUUUCUCUUACACGGGGGCAAGGCUCUGUAACUUUCUGUCUCAUAACCUUGCACUCAGCCCAGCAAGUGGCAACUUUCGUCAGCUGUUACUAAAACGGUGAGCUUUGUUUAAUAUUAGUAACAUUUUAUCAAGUAGGCCUAACAUCUACUUCAUCACUUUUGUCAUGAUGCUUUAGGUCUACCAUAAGUAACACUUGUAGCCAUUUAUACAGAAAUGCUCUCUCUCUCUCUUCCCCCCCUGUAUCUGGGUGCGGUAGGUGUCAGACAGAGUAUGACCAGAGGGAUGUAGCGGUGCGGGGGGGUGCGGAGACUCAGAAGAAGUUCCAUGCCUAUGUGCUCUUCCUGGGGGAGCUUUACCUCAGACUGGAGGUGAGCAGGAGCCCCUCUGUCCUGUCAGUCUUUUGGGGGUCUCUAUGUCUCUGUGGAUCUGUGCCAUUUCAACCCCUCACAACUUUGACACUUGCUUCCCAUAACCCAACUUUCUUUCCAUAACCCCUCCCCCUAGAUACAUUUUGAGUUGAUAAUACCCUAGACAGAGCCUAAGGUCUCGUGGACAGACUACCUAAACAUAACUGGUACAGUAGAUCUGUCGGCAUGCUAUGGGAUGUGUGAGAUAACGAGCAACAGUUGGGUUUUUGUCACUGGUUAUUUGGACGUAUCAGGAUUGGGUGAAGGCGGUGCUAAAACGGAUUCACUUUGACUGAUGAUAAACACAGGUGAAAGGCUGUGGCUGAGUUUCCUUUUGCGAGGGUGGAGACUUUGAAAACCGGAAAUCUCAAUUUCUAACUAGGGCUGGCACAAUUAUCGUAUAAUCGUGUAACUAACCAUUAUGGACAAUAGCCAUAAAAAAAAUCUAAUUAAUACUGGGGAUCCAACUUUAUAUUAAAGUAGAUACAGUGCCUUCAGAAAGUAUUCAUACCCCUUGACUUAUUCCACAUUUUGUUACAGCCUGAAUUCUAAAAAAAAAUUGAAUUUUUUGCAAAUGUAUUGAAAAUGAAAUACAGAUCUAAUUUACAUAAGUAUAUUCACACCCCUGCGUCAAUACUUUGUAGAAGCACCUUUGGCAGCGAUUACCGACGUGAAUCUUUCUGGGUAAGUCUCUAAGAGCAGGAACAUUCACUGUCUUCUUGGUAAGCAACUCCAGUGAAGAUUUGGCCUUGUGUUUUAGGUUAUUGUCCUGCUGGAAGGUGAAUUCAUCUCCCAGUGUCUGAUGGAAAGCAGACUGAACCUGGUUUUCCUCUAAGAUUUUACCUGUGCUUAGCUCCAUUCCGUUUAUUUUUUAUCCUGAAAAACUCCCCAGUCCUUAAUGAUUACAAGCACACCCAUAACAUGAUGCAGCCACCACUAUGCUUGAAAAUAUGACGAGUGGUACUCGGUAAUGUAUUGGAUUUGCCCCAAACAUAACUUUGUAUUCAGGACAAAAACAUAAUUGCUUUGGCACAUUUUUGCAGUAUUACUUUAGUGCCUUGUUGCAAACAGGAUGCAUGUUUUGGAAUAUUUUGUAUUAUGUACAGGCUUCCUGCUUCUCACUCUGUCAUUUAGGUUAGUAUUGCAGGAUAACUACAAUGUUGUUGAUCUAUCCUUAGUUUUCUCCUAUCACAGCCAUUAAACUGUAACUGUUUUAAAGUCACCAUUGGCCUCAUGGUGAAAUCCCUGAGCGGUUUCCUUCCUCUCCGGCAACUGAGUUAGGAAGGAUGCCUGUAUCUUUGUAGUGACUGGGUGUAUUGAUAAACCAACCAAAGAGUAAUUUAUUAACUUCACCAGGCAUUGGAACAUUUCCCUGGCCUUUGUGGUUGAAUCUGUUUGAAAUUCACUGCUCGACUGAGGGAUCUUACAGAUAAUUGUGUUGGGUACAGACAUGAGGUAGUCAUUCAAAAAUCAUGUUAAACACUAUUGCACACAGUGAUUCCAUGUGACUUGUUAAGCAAAUGUUUACCCCUGAAUGUAUUUAGGCUUGCCAUAACAAAGGGGUUGAAUACUUAUUGACUCAAGACAUUUAACCUGACAUUUUAAAUUAAUAUGUACAAAAUUUGAAAAACAUAAUUCUACUUUGACAUUAUGGGGUAUUGUUUGUAGGACAGUGACCCAAAAAAAUCUACAUUUAAUCCAUUUUAAAUUCAUGCUGUAACAAAAUGUCAAGGGAUGUGAAUACUUUCUGAAGUCACUGUAUAGUUUACCCAAUAGCCGUUUUCAUUUUUACAUGAAGUGGCUAAUGUUGGUAAUCAUUUUACGAGCAGAACAGCAGGGUCGGGAGGAGCACCGUCAUUUCCAAAUGGUCAGAACCAUUUGUUUUUGAGACAGGGGUGUCACCAAAGCUGUGUUGUAUUCAUUGGGUAUGUCGUAGCUAUUUUUCUAAGAUGCAUUGUAAGCUGAAAACCUCUUUCAACAAAAAUGACAAUUACGACAAUAACCGAGGCCAUUUUGCAUGCCAAUUAAUCGUCUCCCAAAAUUCCAUCUUCACAGCUCUAUUUCUAACACGCUUCCCCCAGAACGUAUUCGAGCAUCUGACCAAAUUGUGCAAGGUUUUAAUUCUGGGUUAACUGAGAUUAGACAGAACCUGACUGCUGUCUUGAAUGAUUGGUUGUCUCAGGUGAAGAGUGCGAAGGGGCCUCCGUCUCGAGCUGAGAUCCUGCUUACUGCCCUGAGGGAACUGAUGAAUGCCCUCUUCUCCAACCCCGUGGAUGGAAACCUCAUCUGUGCUGUCAAACUGCUCAAGGUGAUUUCACACGUUCUCUCGAUCUCUAAUGUCAAGUUGAUUCAAUGUUCCACAUCUGUGGUACACAGUUAAUUACUGCUUAUUGAAAGAAAUCUGCAGGCCACAAUCUGAAAUGAAUGGGGAAAAAUUAUACUAUAUUACAAUGUAAUGUCAAGCUUGUUGUAAUGUGCAAGAAAACUUCCCCAGUGUUACAAUGACGUUUACCUGUGAUGUCAUCUGUAGUUGACAGGCUCGGUUCUGGAGGAUACAUGGAAAGAGAGCGGGAAGUCUGACAUGGACCAGCUAGUCCAGAGGAUUGAGAACAUUGUGCUGGACGCCCAGUGCAGCAGGUUGGUGUGUAUGUUACCUGUGCCAGAUUUAGAAGUAAAAUGAAUGCUUCUUUUAUUAGAUUAGGUUAAAGAUGGUAGGAUGAAUGACUGACUGUGCCUGUUGUGUGAAGGAUAUGCUAUUGACGCUGAGUGAGUGAUUAAAUAAAGGACUGUCUUGUGUUUUCAUCAGAGAUGUGAAGCAGAUGUUAUUGCGGCUGGUGGAACUGAGGUCUAGUAACUGGGGCAGAGUCCAUGCUGCUGCUGCUGCCGACGCUACACCUGACAAUGACCCCAACUACUUCAUGGUGAGAAUUGGGAGCUAGGGCCAGAGAACAACACUACUCCCUCCAUCUAAGUUUUUUAAACGUUUCACUCAUGUUUCAAGCAAACUCCUUCUUUAAGCCAUGAUACCAAAGGAAUUGCUGGCGAUCCAACAUUUGGGGGAAAACUCUGGUUUAAAUGUUCAAAUGGAUGUUCAUGCCCACCAACCUUUCACCUCUGUUCCUUGUGUUUGUCUUUGUGUGUUUCUCCUGUCAGAAUGAGCCUACAUUCUACACUGCCGACGGCACUCCCUUUACAGCAGCCGACCCUGGUGAGUAUAUCCUCAGCAUUCAUCAAGGUGAAACCCUGCAAGUUAUGCGUUGUCCCUAAAUGUAUGUUUUGGUGUUACAGAAUAUUCUGAAAAAUACCAGGAGAUCCUGGAUCGGGAAGACGACUAUUUCCCAGAGGGCUAUGAAGAGAAUGGAAAUGAAUCGUGAGUAUUAAUUGUGUGAAUAGUUUUGGUCAUGUUCCUUGCUUUUUCAAUUGACUUGGUUCCCGUGUGUGAGUCAUAAUGGAACUUAAUCUGUAAAAUAUUCCUAUGUAGUUCUAGAAUAUUCUUCUGUGAGAACCAGCAGACCACACAAAAUAAGUCAGACAAUCCAGUGCCAUAGUCACUAAUGCCACUGUAGCGUUGGUCUUGUGACCUUUUACCCUCACCCAUGUGUGCAUAUGCCAAUGCAGUGUUUCCCCUAGGAUUUUUUUCAGCAGAGUUAGAGGGGGAAAUGGGGUCUGGGGGGUGAGGAAAUCUAUAAUACAUAGAUCUCCUUUUUUAUAAUUUUUUUUGCAGUGGCGGCCAUCAUUUAGCAGCAGCGGUGCGCCACUAUUAAAUGCAUAUAGAGGAAACACUGCAAAAAUCACCCAGGUCACAUGACCUGAGAGCAACAUGAGGUGGUUGACUUAUGGGGUCAGUGUAAUUGCCUAGCCCACAAUUCAACAGGGGAAGCCAGAACCUCCAAUUCAGAUGAGUCGGCAGAUGGAACAGAAGGAGGGCUUAGUUGACCCCUGUCUACCUCUCACUCAACUCUGUGUGUGCGUGCCUUUUCCUUUGGAGGACUGUGACGUUGAUCUUUAGUGGUACACUGAAUGGCAUUUGAAACAAACCUGUAUAUAACCUUAAUAAUUUUGCCUGCACUUUGUUCAGUUCAUUCUUAAUGAAUAUGCAUCAUUGUGUGUUCCAGAUCAUUCAAUGACGAGGAUGAGAUGGACCCUGAGAUCGAGGAAGCUUUUGAGAAGUUCUGCCUAGAGUCUGAGAGAAAAAGACGACAAUGAGACUAGUAUGAGAGCACUGCGAGAGACUGAAUUUACACAUACCUUUCGUGUUCGACUUGUUUGCGACUGGAAAAAAUCAAAGAGAACUAGCAAUUGGUAUGUUUUAAAAAUAUAUUUUUUAGCAAAAUGAACUGCAUAGUUUGCACUUCCUAGCACUUCAGUGACAGGUUUUUUUCUGGCUGGAAUUUGUGUUGGUUUGAAGUUUGGGGACAGUCAACUGGAUCAUUAUUCCGCUGAGUUGUAGCAAAUGUUCUGAGUUUGGGAGUGGGGGAGUUAGUUUUCUGCUUCUAUUGAUUAUUUCAUAAACAAUUAUUUUCCUUGUAACGCCGUGGGAAAAAAAAACUGUGUGCUGUGGAUUUUAGACUACUAUGUAGCUCAACAGCAGAGUAGCAUCAUCAAAUGUGUGCGUAGUUUGAUUGCAUACUAACUGAAUAAGCAACGACAGAAGCUGCAGGGGAGGCAACAUUCAGAACAUUUACAAUACAGGGAUUUUUCUGCAUUAAAAAAAGAUAUAUGCUUAGACGGGUCGCCAACUUAUUUUUUUUUGGGCCACCAAUUCUAAAGUGUAAAAAUAAACGCUUUCAGGAAAUUGGCUUUAAAACUGCAACGUUUUCUCACAGCUCCAUGGCAAAAUGGGUAUAAUUGCAGGAAAUUAGCUUU